AUGUCUUCAGUGGCCACGACAAACCGUGCAAGUGAAAUGUGGAAUGGUGAUGUGAACAAUCAAAGUGUACAAGCAAAACAUUACAGCUAUAGACAAUAUCCGAUGAUGCCCCAUUACUAUAACUAUCAAAACAACUUUUACUCUCAAAGCGGUGAUUACUCGAACAAUGGUUACGGUGCUAAAAUGUAUGGUAAUGAUAAUCCCAGUGAAAAUAUAGUUAAAUCUGAACCUAUCCAUUGGCAAGGCUAUGCCGCAAAUAUGAAUGUCAAUCACGCUAAUAUGGAUAUGAUAAGUAAGUGGAGAGAAAUGAAUUAUUACUCACAUCAGCAGCAAGACAACUAUGAAUAUGAGCAAAGAAUGAACCAGAUAGCAAACCAUAAUUAUUUGGAUGCUAAAAGCGAGGACGCCCGGUCUAUCAACUCUCCCGGACAGUGUAGUUUGCCAGAAACUAGUUAUGGGUCACCUCAAAGCGUUAUGAGUAAUAUAAAACCACCUACACCUGAACAGGACGAUUCACCAAACCUCAGGGCUUUGUUAACCAAGCCAAAACCAAAGAGGAGUCAACCUUAUUAUAUCAAAAACGAUAACUCUUACAAAAUAGAAACAAUGCCGGGGAUGAUGUACCAAGGCGAAGUUGAGAAUUGGGAAAAAAAUAAUGAAACUGCAACGGAGAAGGAAUGCAAUUUGUCGCAAUUUCAUGGUGGAUUCGAGAGCGUCGAGGGUCAAACGUCAAUCAAGAGCAAAGGUACCGUGAGUGGGGCGGGCGAAGUCGCACCGUCAUCGUCGGCACCCGAGCCUUGUCAGGACGUGACGAGGGUCGAAGCAGGCGGGGACAAUACGGAUUACGCUGAGAACAAAAUGGCCGCUGCACCCGAUGCACAAUUCUAUCCGUGGAUGAAAGGCGUUGGUGGCGAGGACAAAAAAGAGGGUUCAAAGAGAACGAGACAGACGUACACCAGGUUCCAGACGUUGGAGUUAGAAAAAGAGUUUCACUUCAAUAAGUACUUGUCAAGACGACGUAGAAUAGAAGUUUCACAUGCGCUUGGACUGACUGAGAGGCAGAUCAAGAUUUGGUUCCAGAACCGAAGGAUGAAGGCGAAGAAAGAUGGAAAACUGAAUACAUCGCCAGACCCUUAUGCAGUAGAUGACAUGACGGCGACUAAAUUAGGAAAUAUACCAGAGUUUAUGGACACUAGGCAGAUGCCAGGUUUACCGGACUUCCCUAAUUACCACAUGGGGGCAGUUCCAGGUGCGAAUAUGUCCCACGUGUCAGGUAGCAUGCCACAGAACUGUAUGAUGCCUCCAUAUGGAGGCAUGAUUCCGAAAAUAUGA